GGGAUUCUGGACCUGACCGUAUGAAAGCCCCUCCUGACCUUACCAAGCUGCCAGGUUGCCCCGGAGAAGCCGGUUGUUAGCGACCUCAUGGAAACCAGUAUGCGGUUGUCAUGGCAGUUGACCCGCAUAACUGAUAACACCCGAUCCUCGGUUACCAAGUGGAAUACUUUGCCUAUGGCUCCACAAAGUCAUGGCAAGUGAGUGGGCUCCUGUACACAAAGACAGAUGUAACCAUCAUGGACUUGGCGCCAGACACGACGUACGUGUUCCUUGUGCGUGCUGUCAACAUGUACGGCAUGGGCGGACCCAGUCCUUUGUCAGACAAGAUUCGCACUCUAGCGAAAGGUGAGGCGUCGUAUCUGUCCCACCAAUGGUCAAUCUCCCAGAAGACAAGGUCGAUGAGAGGCUGAAGUCAGUCGGGGUUCGUCUGCUGCGUGGAGAGGCGGUCAACGAUAGCGCCAUACGCAUCAGCUGGACUGUGGACAAUGACAUGGGUGUGGUCACAGGCUUCCUGGUCGUGUACAAGCCCAUCCUCAACAUGGGUAACCGUGACAACCUGCAGUACGGCCCCACCCAUAAGCACCGCAUUGCGUACCGACCCCUCACCCACACCAUCACGGGGCUGGACAGUUACACGUACUAUGAGAUCUGUGUAUCGGCAGAGAGUGGUGUCAAGACAUCCUCUUGCAGUCAGCCGAUGAAAAUACAGACCGGUGAAUCAGUUCCAUCCAGUGCGCCACUGAACGUUGUCAUAAAUCGGGAGGGUGACACCACCAUCCUGGUCACAUGGUCAGCACCAGACGUGUCAAAAAGAAACGGGGAGAUCAUUGGAUAUAUGAUCAAAUGCCUCAGCGAGGACGGUCAACACAACUGUAGCCGCAGCGUGAAUGGUUCUACCCACAGCUUAAGACUCGAGAACCUUGUUGCUGGUAUGAACUACAACAUUGAGAUGGCUGCUGUAACUAGUCAGGGCACUGGGAAAUGGAGCUCCGUCUUUGCCAUUGGUCCCGAUAAUUCCGGAAUCACAAAGGAGCCGUGGUUUAUUGGAAUGAUCGGCGCCCUGGGUGGCAUUGUGUGGCUGGGACUCUGUAUCUUCACUGUGUGGCUGUGCCGGAACCGACAGAGCCGAAAGAAGUUAAAAGAGACAUGGUACAACUCUGGUGGUCAGAACGGCACAGAUAAAGUGAACGAAAGCAAUGGCAGUGUAGCGAGGAAAGGCUAUGGGAAGAAGGAGGAAGGUGAUGAUUCCGGAUUUCCGACGGAGUUGAACACGCUGCUGCAGCUGUCCCGUAAAGAGGCAGACGGGCCCCACGACCCUUACCUCCAGGGCGGGGCAGGACCACACCCUGAAAUGAAGACGUUUUAUCAGCAGUCAGGGCCUGUAACUCCAUAUGCAACGACUGCACUGCUACAAGCCCAGGCGCUGGCACAGGCUAGAAAACAGGGUGGAGACCAGAUGUUUCAGCCAAUCGGAGGAGGUUGUGUUCAGCACAGCCAUAGCGGAGGUUCUUGCGAGUCAAACACAGACAAGUCCAUAACCACAGAUGUAUCCGUUGAAAUGCACGAGGGCAACAAAAGUAAUAAAAGUUCCGCAUGUGAUAGCGGCAAUCUUUCAGAUGAGAACGGGAUGCUGUUAAAACAGGGCCGAAAGCCUAGCGGUUUUCGUCUCGGUCAGUCCCAGAAUCCUGGAGUGGUGAAUUGGAAUGACGUCCUCCCUCCCCCACCUACUCACCCGCCAACCGACGGGGAAUACCUACAGGAUGAGGGACUGUACUCAGAAAUCCCGGAGGAUCGAUCCCGUAGUGUAAAAUCUCCUGCCCAGAUAUCUGCUUGUUCUUGCCCCACCCCUCAUGGCCUGGUUUGUUCCCCAGGUCCUUACUGUGCAGCAUACUUGGACAGCUGUAACCGAUGUCAGUCCCUACGGAGUUUCGAUAAUCGCCCAUAUUCACCGCAGCAGUUAAUACAGCUGCAUCGCCAGCACGUGCCGCUUCAAGGUGUCACCCCUACCCACACGGCGCGGGUUCCCGGAAUGCAGCGCCCGGGCGGGACUCCCGUGUACAUGCAUGGGUAUUCCCAGCCCUGGGAUAGUCAGCCCUUUGCCCGGGGUCAGUAUGAGUACGAGUUUGCCAAUGACCCGAGGGAUGGUGGGUAUAAGUACACUGAGCCGGUUCAGGAUGGUUUGAUUCAGCAUCCGCAUGCCGCUACAAUGAAUCCAAUGAGGGGCAUGCAAAGGCUGGCUCCAACACACGUUGAUUAUAACGAUAGACAGUUUCAUUACCCAAAUUCUGGUUCCGAUGGUGGUAACAUUCCUGGUGGGCCACCAGGCAACUAUUGUGAAGGACCCUGUAGGGGGCAGACGGAAGCUGCGAAUGUUAUGAAUGCUAUGAGCAUGAGUGCGAGUUACCAUAGAAACUCUAGUGAAGAGAAUUCUCGCAAUCCGUAUCUGGAGGGCUACAAGAUUGAAUCUCCGCCCAGCAGCAGUGGUGACAGUGCGUACAGGGUGUGUAACAGUGGGGGUAGUCUGGCAGGAAGUGGGGGGGAUUCUGGGAGGUCAAGGUCGUCUGGAAAUCCAGGGAGACUACUCCAAGACGGGAAGAGUGUGCCGGAGGGCAAAUUUGAUAUUAACUACAGACAUCCAGGCUUUCAUUCUCGAUCUGAUAGUGGCGGCCCUCGUCCAUGCAUGAUUGACGAGGGUUACACCAGGAAUGCAGACUCUCCCGUUUCGGCGGAUGACCAUGAUUAUAACGACGGGUCAGAUCCAGGAACAGACGGGGGCAGCCAGAGAGACUCGCUGGUUGCAAACUGGGAGAGUAUGGACGACUGUAGCGGGGAACAUUCCAGUUCUAAUGAGGACGAUGAUGCUGACGCAGACAGCGCGGACGCCGACGAGGAUAGCCAGUUCCUGAACGAGGAGGACUUUGCUAGCGCCGUAGCCCGCGCUGCGCAGGAGUCUGGGCUCACUGUGGUAGGGUCAACUAUCAGUGAAGCCAAGGCCUCCAAAUCGGGUGAGUUGCAUUUAUCUUGAGCCUCACUCUGUGAA